CCUAGGGCGUCCGGCCGCCGGCGGAUUCGGCACCACUCGGCAAUCGGCGGCGCCCGACGCGAGCAGGUGGUGGUGGUGGUGGUGGGGGGGGGGGGUCCGCGGGGAGACUCGCCAGCCGGAGAGGGGCGGACUUCGUCACCGCGGAGGGCUGGGCCUGGACCCUGGGUGCCGCUUGGCCGCUUGGCCGCUGCAUCCUGCAGCGCGGGCGCCGGUCGUAGCUUGGCUGGCGGAGGGCGGAGGGGGGAGCGCGCGGCGUCGGCGGAAGGCACGGCGCGGCGGUGGUGAGGCUGACAGCAUGAGGGCGGGGCGGUCCGCCGGUGUGGAACCCUCCACCCCGGUUGUUGGCGGGACGCGGUGGAAGGGGCGGCUGCGCUCUCACCACGUGACCCCUCAAAGUUUGCCCAUGCGGAGGCUACCUUCCCGGGCUAAGAACCGGGAGGAGUCAGAGGAGGCUCAAACAUCCAAGAAACAGGCCACCUCCAAGAACACGGGGAGGGGCCACCACACUGGAGCUAUGCGUCUGCCGACGGGUCUUCCGCGCCAAUCGCUGCGGCUUGCCGGCAGGGAUCCAGAGCACUCGAUUGUAAUCGACAAAGUAAGUGAGGAGUGUAAGGCCAGGGAUAGUCAAUCGGCAAUCAAACCUCUCCGCAGAUCCCCACGGUUCCAUCUGGACGAUAAGAGUUUGGGCAAGCCGCUGUUGCUACCAGAUCCCCAGGAGAUUGUUCAUAACAGAAAAACUCAAAAUGCUCUUAGGAUUGACAAAAAUCAAGAGAAUGUGAAAAGGAAUAAGAGAAAUGCUGGAGUGAGGCCUUUGGCAAGGAUGAAAAGCCGCAAAGAGACCCAGGCACUUUGUCAAGAUCCCCAAGAUAUUCCUCCCAGGAACAAGACUGCAGAUGUAUCUCGCAAAAAGAGUGAGAAGCAAGAGCUAAAGCCCAGUCAUUGUGAGGUGCUGACAGGAAAGAGGAAGAGAGGCACGGAAGGGAGGUCAUCAUCAAAGAGGCAAAGGUACCAGGAACCGAAAUCAUCGCCUCCAGAUUGCCAAGAAAUUGCACCUAGCGAUGAACCCAGAAAAACCAUCCACAGAAAGAUUAAAAAGGAUCCUUCUAUCAUGGUGCAGCCUAAAAGUGGUGAUGACAGAUUGAUAAAUGCUGAUGAAAACAAUAAAGUGGCAAGUGGGAUUGAAAAAGAAGGAAUGGAACAUUUUUGUGGUUCAGAUGAUUGGACAGAAGAGCAGGACCUGGCAUUGCGCAAAUCUUACUUCACUGCUCGACCAUCCCCACAUUUCUGGAAGAGAGUUUCAAAAAUGGUGCCAGGUAGAUCUGCUGAAGAGUGUUUCAACAGAAUUCAUGCUGAUCUCUCAACACCCACUCCAAUUGCCCCACGCCCCAGAACAAGUAAAACAACGUUUUCACCUCUAGGAAAAUUCACAUUGUCUGAUGCAAAACUUCCAAAUCUCUUGAAACCUACAGUCAGAAGGCAAAGGACCGCUAAACAGAAGAGCCUAGCAGCACAGAAGACAGUUAGACAUUUGUUGCAGAAGCAUUGCCUCAUUGAUCAAGCUCAAGAGGCUGAUCACUUCUCAAUAUUUGAAACCUCACCAAAUGCCUUACAAUUGAACAUCCCUUUUGAGGAUUCUCCUGGGACUCCUGAUAGUUAUAUAAAUUCAGGUUCUGUACACAAGUGCAGUGGAAGCUCUUCAGCACGAAAGAAACCAUUUUCAAGGUUGAGAACUAAGCAAGCUGAACCGAGCCCAGCAGUUCUGAAGCCUGUAAAGAAUGUUGUCUUACAUGAGAAGUACAUUGACCAGUUGUCCCGUCGAGAAGGCACAAAAAGGCCUCGCAAAAGGACUCCAAGCUCUAAAGCUGCUGAUUCUGGGAAGACUUUUUCUGAGCAGCAAGCUGGUGGUUUGAAGGCUGCAAAAAAUGCUCUCAUCUCAGAAGCAACCGACUUUAUAAGCCGUUUUAAGAAGUUGCAAGCCAAUUCCCUUGCGCACGUUGUGGAAAAUAGUGAGGAUGAUGAUAUUGAUGGUAUUGAAUGUGGUGCUAGUGAUUAUUGCCAUGAUGAUAAAGAAUAAGGAGGUGCUUACAGUGUUGCUUCCAAGCUGCCCUUUUACACCUUAAGUACUAAAGCUGCAGUCAGAUAGCAUGUUGUCAACUCACGUUAGUCAUCAAUGCUUUCCUAGUUCCUUCAGGGCUGUAACCUGUAUGAUAAUUGUGAAAAUGUUGCUUCAUCAUGCCUUAUGAAGAUUGAGAGCACUUGAAAAUACAACAGGUCAAACCUGAUUCUCUUGUGUUUGCGUAAAUCAGAAAGCUUCGUUAACUAUAGGAUGUUCAAUUUAUACGGAAGUUUGUACCAAGUUACAUUAGGGCGAUGUGGAUUACAAGUACUCAAAAUGUAAGUUCAACAAAACUUCAUUUUUUUUCAUGACCUGAUGAACUGGGGUAAGAGAUGUAUCUCAGAGGUCCAGAUGCCUCAAGAGCCUUUGAAUUGUA